AUGGUGUGGGCAGGCACGGUGCUGGUUGCCGGGACCAGUGCAGCAGGCAGGGUCCUCCUGGGGCUCGCGCUGAGCUUCAUGGCCACUACUGCUGAGCCCGAGGGGGGAAGCUUUUGCUCUAAGAGCCAAGUGGCUUUCAGAGACCCUUGCUAUGAAUUUGUGCCUUUUGGCCGCUCUUAUUGUGGUGCCCAGAACUGGUGUGAGGGGCAAGGAGGCCAUUUGGUCUGUCAGGAUGAAGGCACCCAGCGGUUUCUACAGAAGCACCUCUCUCAGGACAGGGAAUGGUGGGUUGGACCCACAGGGAAUUCGGCUCAGAAUGGUACUGUCCCAGGGCUGGGGAUCUGGCUGGACCCCUCAAAUGUGAACUACAGUAACUGGCACAGAGGACAGGCCUCUGCUGCUCCCGACACCUGUGGCUACAUCGGGAGAGACCCCUCUUCCAGGUGGGGUGCCUCAGACGCUGCCUGCACGCAGUCGUUAGCCUGCAUCUGCGAGUUUGGUGUCGACCAGAGUCUGGCCUGUGAGGGCUUCAAUGCCAACAUGCACUGUGGCUCGGGGGAGGUCGUCCAGAUCCAGGAUGCCUUCUGUGGGUGCCAGACUCCCCAUUAUUGCACCCAGGACUCCGAGCGCCCCUUGGACCUGGAGGAGGAAUGCAGCUGGGUCAAUGUGCUUUUUUCCCUCUUUAUCUUAUUUUUUCCUCAAGGACAGUGCCAGGGGCUGCAGGCAUGCCAGGUGGCAGCAAACGGGACCUGCGCCACCAGGGGCAGCUACCUGUGGGUGCAGUACCAGCGUUGGGAAGGCCUGCAGCUGGCGGUGUCCAAUGCGAGUUUCAUCUUCGACAACGUCACCAUCUCUCUGACGUGGCUCCUCUCUCCCUACAUUGGAAACCUGUCCUGUGUAAUUAGUAUGGGGGAUGGCCACACUUUUGAUCCCUACUACCUACCCAGUUUGUCCAGCAACGUGAUCCACCAAUUCACAACCCCUGGGGAAUGCACCAUGUUUGCUGAGUGCACAACCAGUGAGUGGCAUGUGACGGCUCCUAAGCAAGUGACAAUUCAAGACAAGAUGGAGAGACUCAGUGUUACUGGGUGCUCUGGCCUGUCCAAGUCAGGAGUCCGCCUUCUCUGCCGGGCUAUCUUUGGGGGCCCUAUGUAGAUCUAGGUGGAGCUCUAUGGAGGCACAGGGGUGACUUACACUGUGCUGUCAGAGAACACAGCCCUGGCUGAGUCCAGCACACAGCAGGGCCUGCCCCCCUAGAGUCUGACCCUGGACAGAGCAGCCCAGCAAUGGAUGGGCCCAGGGAUGCACCACCUGGAGAUUCCAGCCACCAGCAACACCACCACCUCUGCACCCUCCACAAACAUCACAGUCCACUUCAUGGAGUCUCUAUCAGGGCUGCAGGCCUCCUGGGCUUCUGACCACUUGGAGCUUGGACAGGACCUACUGGUCAAUGUCUCAGUGGCUCAUGACAUCCCAGGAGAGCUGACCUUUGAGGUAGCAGGACUCAUUGCAUCCUUCUCCCAUGAAAAAGAGAGCGUUGGGCAACCAUCUGAGAUUUACCAUGUAGCAGUUCCUCUUGAAGGCACCUUCCUGGUCACCGUGCUGGUGAGGGACACCUUCUCAAACUUGAGUUUGGAAAUCGGAAGCAUCACUGUUGUAGCUCCUUCCAGUCUCCAAGAACCGUCUGGAACAUUGAGGAAAAGAGUGUGAAGAGAUAAAGGUGAUGCGGAGAGACACGUGGAACCUGGUCAGUACGUGGAUCCUUUCAUGACAGUGACUCUGGGCUGGCCGGAUAGGGACAAGGACUUCCGCUUCCAGUGGUCAUGUGGCCGUUGCUGGACUCAGUGGAGUGACUGUGAGAGGCGGCUGCUCUGCACAGACCGGAGGGAGCUGGUGGUUCCGCCGCCCUGCCUGCCGCCACCCGAUUCUGCAGUCACGCUGCGCCUGGCCAUCUGGAGAGGCCAGGAGCUGGAGAGGCAGGAGGCGCAGUGCAUCUGUGUGUCCGCCACCCUGGAACUCAGGCCUCGAGUCAGCUGUUAUCAAAACUGCGGACCAGUGAAUGCCAGCGAGGUCGUUAUGCUCGGGGUCACCAUGGACGACUCCCCAGCAGCCAUGUUCAGCUGGUAUUUAGACGACACCCCACUGGAGAAGGCUGAGCCCCUCCUGGCAGCCUGUAGACUCCGGGGAUUUUGGCCAAAUUCUUUAAUCCUCCCCCAGGUUUCCUCCCCCCACACACUGCUGCCGAACAGCUCCCUACUGCAGACCUGAGCAAUGACCAGGCUUGCCUGUGGGGAGGACACCUAUGCUAUCAGCUCUCUGCCUCCUCCUGAGGUGCCCACCUGCACCACUGCCCCGGAGGAGGGCACUGUUCUCACCAGCUUCGCCAGCUUCUGCCAUGCCUCCGCCGCUCUGGGCCCUGAAUACUGCUUCUGUCUGGAAUCAGGUCCUGACCAAGCCCAGCGGGAGGCCAGCUGGACCCUGCAGUAUGCCAGCGAGGCCCUGUUGGCGGUGAGUGCCAAGGCCCAUCCUGAGGACCAGAGGCGGCAGGCAGCCACCAGGGACCUGUUUCAGGCUGUGAGCUUGCCUGAGGGGCAGACUAGAAGAGUCUUCGGAGGCCAGUGGCAGCCAGCUGCUCAAGCUGUGGAGCAUGUACAGGCUGCGCUCCUGCUGGGAAGACUGCCCAAGGGCCUUGCAGCCUCUCUGGCUACCUCCUCCAUCACCGUGUACACAAACAGAAUUCAGCCCCGGAGUUGACAAGGCCCCUCUGUGCACACUGCUGCUGCCAACGCUGCAACCUUUACCCUGCCUGCUGCCUCCUCCCUCGGCUGCAUGGAGGACAGUCAGGAACCUGGGGACAUAAGCAAGUCAGUAUUCAACCCUGACCGAAAUCAACCCAGGGCCGGGGACCAGAUCCUGCUGCCUCGGCUUUCAGAACACGGCGAGCCAACUGUGUUGAAUCUGACCAGACCGGAAGCUCUGUGGGUGAACCUGACUUCAGCAGGGGCAGCUGUGGGGAUCCAGUUGCACUGGAGACCCAACAUCCCACCCACACUCAGCCUGGGCUAUGGCUGCCACCCCGACAAGACCAGCUACGAUGCCAAAGCUCACCUUCCACCAACGGCUGCUCCAGAUGGGCUGUCCACAUGGAUCCUGAGCCCAGAAGACCUACAUUUUGGAGAAGGUGUCUACUAACUGACUGUGAUCCCCAAUUCUGACCUGGAGCCAACCCCUGGCAGAGACCUCACCAUCGGCAUCGCCACUUUCCUUUCCCAUUGUGUGUUCUGGGAUGAGGUCCAGGGGAAUUGGGACAACUCUGGGUGCCAGGGGACUAUCACCCUAUAUAGCGUGGAUGGAGAGAGGGAGCCCCACCACCUGUCAGACCCCAACAUCCCAGUUUUUGAACGAGGAGGAGUGAAUGUCUUCUUACUCUCCACCCUGUUUCUGGGGGAACUGAGGGGCCUGCGGCUGUGGCAUGACAGCUCAGGGGACCGGCCAUCUUGGUAUGGCCAGGUGCUGGUGCAUGACCUGGCGAUGGACUGGAAGUGGUACUUCCUUAGCUCGUGGCUGUCCAUCAAUGUCGGAGACUGCCUUGACAAAGUAUUUCCAGUGGCCUCAGAGCUGGACAGGAAACAAUUCAGCUACCUGUUUUUCAUGAAGACCUCCAUGGGCUUCCAGGAUGGACACAUUUGGUAUUCCUCAGCUUGGAGCAACUUCACCUGUGUCCAGAGGGUGUCCUGCUGCUUCUCCCUGCUCCUUUGCACCAUGCUGACCAGCAUCAUGUUCUGCGGUGUCCCCAAGGACCCAGCUGAGCGAAAAAUGGACUUGGGUAAAAUUGAAUUCACUUGGCAAGAAGUGAUGAUUGGGCUGGAGAGCUCUGUCCUCAUGUUCCCCGUCAACCUCCUGAUUGUUCAGAUCUUUCGAAAUACCCGUCCUUGGGUCACUAAGGAGCAGAACACUGGGAAAGGAGAGAGGGGGUCUCCCAGUCCAGCCCCCUCACCACAGCCCAUGGAGGAUGGCCUUCUGACACCUGAAGUGGUGACCAAGGACAUGUGGAGACUUGUCAGCUCCCUUCAAGCUCUGAAGGUGCCAUCCCCUGCCUUGCGCUGGGACUUGGCAAACUUAACGGACAUCAACCAACCGCUGGCCUUGCUGGAAGACAUCAUCUGUCUGCAGAACGUGCAGGUGUUCUGGGAAGAAGCCAAACAGAGAGCGGACCCAUUAACAUUCACUCUUGGGUCAGUACACGUGAAAGAAAAAGUGCAAGGCCUGGCCCGUGAGGUGGGCCCAAGUGCCCUUUGGAAGAACGGGGCGUAUGGGCAGCGUCUCUACCUUCAGCUGGAGCAUGUGGAACAAGAGCUGCGGCUGGUGGGGCCCCGAGGCUUCCCCCAGUGCCAGAGCCAUGCCCGGGCCCUCAGGCAGCUGCAGACCCUAAAGGGCUGCCUCAGGGGACGGCUGGGCACUCUGCCUCCAGCACACACCAGCUCCCUGAGAACAAGCAAGCUGCCUCGAUGCCUGCCCUGGUGGUGCCUGGGGGGCUGGCUCCUGGUGGCAGCCACCAGCGGUGGCGCCUUCUUCACCACGCUAUAUGGCCUGCACUAGGGGCGGAACAGCUCCCUCAAGUGGCUCAUCUCCAUGGCUGUCUCCUUUGUGGAGAGUGUGCUUGUCACCCAGCCUCGGAAGGUGCUGGGGUUUGCUGCCUUCUUUGCACUGGUCUUAAAGCACAUGGAUGAUGAAGAGAAGCCUAUGGCCUCUCUCCAAGGACAUCUGUCCAACCCAGACCCCUCUGCCUUGUUCUGAGUACGAAGAAACAGCAGAAAGGAUGUCUACCAGCCUCCUCUGGCUGCCUACACUGAGAAGAUGAACACCACCCACCUCAAGGAACAGAAAGCAUUUGCCCUAAUCAGAGAAAUCUUGUUGUUCUUAGGCUUCCUGUGGCUGUUGCUGGCGGCCUAUGGGCAGAGAGACCCCAGUGCCUACCAUUUCAACAGACACCUCAAGCACAGCUUCACCCAAGGCUUCUCAGCUAUCCUGGGCUUCCAGGAGGUCUUCACAUGGGCCAACACCACCCUUGUGAGAAACCUAUACAGUCAUCACCCAGGUUUCAUCACUGAUGGGAACUCGAAAUUGGUUGGCAGUGCUCAGAUUCGCCAAGGGAGAGUCAGGGAAAACUCCUGCCCUCUUGCGCCAUGGUUGCAGACUUCUCUGGAUGGGUGCCAUGCACCAUAUACCCUGGAUGUUGAAGACCUGUCAGACGAUGGGGAAGGCUGGAAUGCCUCCAAUCUCAAUAGUAGCAAUGGCUUUUCCCAGGCUUGGCAGUACCAGAGCCAGAGCCAGCGAGGUUAUCCCAUCUGGGUCAAACUCACUGUGUACCAGGGAGGAGGUUACGUGGUCCCCCUGGGGACCGAUCGCCAAAGCACAGCAAGGAUUCUCCAGUAUCUCUCUGACAACACCUGGCUGGACAGCGUGGCCAGAGCCGUGUUUGUGGAGUUCGCUGUCUACAACGCCAACGUCAACCUGCCCUGCAUCAUCACGCUGACCCUGGAGACGAGCGCCCUGGGAACCUUCUUUGCACACACAGACCUGCAGAGCCUGCGCCUGUAUCCCUUCACCGAUGGCUGGCACCCCUUUGUGGUGGUGGCAGAAGUCAUCUACCUCCUGUUCCUCUUCAACGACAUGACUGUGCAGGGCAGGCUUAUGAGGACACAAAAGUGGUGCUAUUUCCACAGCAAGUGGAACCUUCUGGUGCUGGCCACCACCCUGGCCAGCGGGAGUGCCCUGGCGGUGUUUGUGAAGAGGGUCAUCCUAGCAGAGCGAGACAUCUGUCAAUACCGGAAACACGGGGAGGAGGGGAUCAGUUUCAGUGAGACAGCAGCAGCUGACGCUGUCCUUGGCUACAUCAUUGCUUUCCUGGUACUGCUGUCUACGGUGAAGCUUUGGCAUCUGCUCAGGCUGAACCCCAAAAUGAACAUGAUCACAUCAGCCCUGUGCUGUGCCUGGAGGGACAUUUCGAGCUUUGACAUCAUCAUCCUUAUUAUGCUCCUGGUUUACUCCAUUGCCUCAAACUUAAUGUUUGGUUGGAAACUCCGUUCAUAUAAAACCCUCUUUGAUGCAGCAGAAACAAUGAUCACCCUUUAGCUAGGAAUCUUCAACUACAAGGAGGUAAUGGGGUAGGGGCCAGUCUCGGCUCCUUCCUUAAUUGGCUCCUGCAUUGUUUUCUUGACAUUUGUUUUGCUGAAUCUAUUUAUCUCCGUCAUCCUGGUUGCCUUCAAUGAAGAGCAAAGAUACUGUUAGCUGUUGGAGGAAAAAGAGAUUGUCAAUUUGCUGCUGAUGAAAAUACUCAGUUUCCUGGGCAUUAAAUGUAGAAGACAGGAGCCUGGAAGCUACAGUGAGCAGCCUGAGUUGCUAUCAGAGGCCAAGCCCCUCAACCUGCACCAGCUGUGCCCCAGGUUUAAACUGUUCAUCUACAUACAAUCAUCUGUAGAGUUGCCAGAAGGCCAGAGCCUCAGAUUUAUACUUACCAUUGAUUCUAUAAUCCCUCCAAAUCAAUGA